AUUAUUUUAUUAUAGAUGCGCUGGCAUGCCGCGUUGAUAGAAUCACAUGAAACCGACGGGGAAUUGACCGCCUAGAUUGUAGUGGGAACUUGCGUAAUUAAUCAGCUAGAAAGAAACUAAUAAACCAACACGUUAAUCAGAAGUAACGAGUAGACUCUUGCCUGGGGUUUUGCUCGCACUCGAUCCACGCGGCUACCAUUCAUCCGAGAAUCGAUUGGAGAUGGGUUUGUGGACAGGAGCUUGCUUGGCCCUUUGCUGCUUCUUGCUGUGCUGCCAAGCCUCAGGAUCGCAGGGGCCGAUGAGGAGACUCUCCCAAGUUAAAGCUCCUUGCCCAUUUGAUUUCGGGACCGUCAACUAUACCAGUAUCACGAGCGUAUGCAAGUCGCCAUACCCGCAAAAGCCCUGCUGCGACUCUUUCAUCGCACUCACCUGUAGGUACAUCACUUAUUUCAACGAUCAAAACACCACUUGCGCGGACGAGAUGUUUGCGUACCUCAACAAUGCCGGGGCUUACCCGGGUGGCCUCUUUGCCAAUCUCUGCGUCGCCGGCCCAGAGGGCCUGCCUUGUCCCGCCGCUCCAGCUCCUCUCCCGUCGCCAGCUCUCAUGCUUCACAGCAGCAGGGCCUUCCUCUUGCUGCUCAAUCUCGUCUGGUUGCUCGUUCCCGCGGUAUGAUGGUCAAGUUCCUCUUUCCUUCUGGUUGCCAUUCUUUUGUAGUUUAACUUCGAUUGAUCACUACUUCGUUACUUGGUUUUUUGUAGUUCCACUUCCAUAACCAAUAUCUUGUUUUGUUCA